AUGACCGCUCCCUGGCGGCGCCUCCGGAGUCUGGUUUGGGAAUACUGGGCCGGGCUCCUCGUGUGCGCCUUCUGGAUCCCGGACUCGCGCGGGAUGCCUCACGUCAUCCGGAUCGGAGGAAUCUUUGAGUAUGCAGAUGGCCCCAACGCCCAGGUCAUGAAUGCUGAGGAACAUGCUUUUCGAUUUUCUGCCAACAUCAUCAACAGGAACAGGACUCUGCUGCCCAACACAACCUUGACCUAUGACAUCCAGAGGAUUCACUUUCAUGACAGCUUCGAGGCCACCAAGAAGGCCUGUGACCAGCUGGCCCUGGGCGUGGUGGCGAUCUUCGGGCCGUCACAGGGCUCCUGCACCAACGCCGUCCAGUCCAUCUGCAAUGCCCUGGAGGUGCCCCACAUCCAGCUGCGCUGGAAACACCACCCACUGGACAACAAGGACACCUUCUAUGUGAACCUCUACCCUGACUACGCCUCCCUCAGUCACGCCAUCCUCGACCUGGUCCAGUACCUCAAGUGGCGAUCGGCCACCGUGGUCUAUGACGACAGUACAGGGCUCAUCCGACUGCAGGAGCUCAUCAUGGCCCCGUCGAGGUACAACAUCCGCCUAAAGAUCCGACAGCUCCCCCUUGACUCCGACGACUCACGCCCCCUGCUCAAAGAGAUGAAGCGGGGCCGGGAAUUCCGCAUCAUCUUCGACUGUAGCCACACCAUGGCCGCCCAGAUCCUCAAGCAGGCCAUGGCCAUGGGCAUGAUGACCGAAUACUACCACUUCAUCUUCACCACGCUGGAUCUGUAUGCGUUAGACCUGGAGCCCUACCGCUACUCAGGGGUGAACCUGACGGGGUUCCGGAUCCUCAACGUGGACAACCCGCAUGUGUCAGCCAUCGUAGAGAAGUGGUCCAUGGAGCGGCUGCAGGCGGCUCCCCGGGCAGAGUCCGGCCUGUUGGAUGGCGUGAUGAUGACUGACGCGGCCUUGCUGUACGACGCCGUCCACAUCGUGUCCGUGUGCUACCAGAGGGCCCCGCAGAUGACCGUGAAUUCCCUGCAGUGCCAUCGGCACAAGGCUUGGCGCUUUGGCGGCCGCUUCAUGAACUUCAUCAAGGAGGCUCAAUGGGAAGGAUUAACUGGACGGAUUGUUUUCAACAAAACCAGUGGCUUACGGACAGAUUUCGAUCUGGACAUCAUCAGCCUGAAGGAGGACGGCCUGGAGAAGGUGGGCGUGUGGAGUCCUGCGGAGGGGCUCAACAUCACGGAGGUCGCCAAAGGCCGAGGCCCUAAUGUCACUGACUCUCUGACAAACAGGUCGCUCAUCGUCACCACUGUGCUGGAAGAGCCCUUUGUCAUGUUCCGGAAGUCCGACAGGACCCUGUUUGGGAAUGACCGCUUUGAGGGCUACUGCAUCGACCUGCUCAAGGAGCUGGCCCACAUCCUAGGCUUCUCCUACGAGAUCCGGCUGGUGGAGGACGGCAAGUACGGGGCACAGGACGACAAGGGCCAGUGGAACGGCAUGAUCAAGGAGCUCAUCGACCAUAAGGCAGAUCUGGCCGUGGCCCCCCUGACCAUCACCCAUGUCCGCGAGAAGGCCAUCGACUUCUCCAAGCCCUUCAUGACACUCGGUGUGAGCAUCCUGUAUCGAAAGCCCAAUGGCACCAACCCCAGUGUCUUCUCCUUCCUCAACCCCCUGUCCCCAGACAUCUGGAUGUACGUACUCCUCGCUUACCUGGGGGUCAGCUGUGUCCUCUUUGUCAUUGCCAGGUUCAGCCCUUACGAGUGGUAUGACGCUCAUCCUUGCAAUCCGGGCUCCGAGGUGGUGGAAAACAACUUCACUCUGCUAAACAGCUUCUGGUUCGGGAUGGGGUCCUUGAUGCAGCAAGGGUCUGAACUGAUGCCCAAAGCUCUGUCCACACGCAUCAUCGGGGGUAUCUGGUGGUUCUUCACGCUCAUCAUCAUCUCCUCGUACACGGCCAACCUGGCUGCCUUUCUGACCGUGGAGCGCAUGGAAUCGCCCAUCGACUCUGCUGAUGACUUGGCCAAGCAAACCAAAAUCGAGUACGGGGCUGUCAAGGACGGGGCCACUAUGACCUUCUUCAAGAAAUCCAAGAUCUCCACCUUUGAGAAAAUGUGGGCCUUCAUGAGCAGCAAGCCAUCAGCGCUGGUGAAGAACAACGAGGAGGGCAUCCAGAGGACCCUAACGGCAGACUAUGCACUGCUCAUGGAGUCCACGACCAUCGAGUAUGUCACCCAGAGGAACUGCAACCUUACCCAGAUUGGGGGCCUCAUUGACUCCAAGGGCUACGGCAUUGGCACGCCCAUGGGCUCCCCGUACCGGGACAAGAUCACCAUCGCCAUCCUGCAGCUGCAGGAGGAGGACAAGCUGCACAUCAUGAAGGAGAAGUGGUGGAGAGGCAGUGGGUGUCCCGAGGAGGAGAACAAAGAGGCCAGCGCCCUGGGUAUCCAGAAGAUCGGGGGCAUCUUCAUCGUCCUGGCCGCCGGGCUGGUCCUGUCCGUGCUGGUGGCUGUGGGCGAGUUUGUGUACAAGCUCCGCAAAACAGCAGAGCGAGAGCAGCGUUCCUUCUGCAGCACCGUAGCCGAUGAGAUCCGUUUCUCCCUUACCUGCCAGCGUCGGGUCAAGCACAAGCCGCAGCCCCCCAUGAUGGUCAAGACUGACGCUGUCAUCAACAUGCACACGUUCAAUGACCGCCGGCUUCCAGGCAAGGACAGCAUGGCCUGCAGCACAUCAUUGGCCCCCGUAUUCCCCUAG